GCACUGAGUUGUCAAUCACACCUUGUUUAAUACACCUUGAUCAGAGCUAUAAAUUUUUUUAUCGGCUGCAUGUGCCCCAAAUUUCUGGGAGUAGGUAACUUUUGCAAACGUUUUUUAUCUCAAAAAAGUAAAAACAUGUCAAUAAAGGCUGCACUUAUCGACUUAAGUGGCACUUUACAUGUCGAAGAUAAGCCUACUCCCAAAGCUGUAGAUGCAUUAAAACGAUUACGUGAGACUAAUAUUCAAAUCAAGUUUGUGACGAAUACUACGAAGGAGUCAAGAAAAACACUAUAUGAACGAUUACAAAAGAUCGGUUUCGAAUUGGAAGCACAUGAGAUUUUUAGUUCAUUAAGUGCAGCGGCAAAUUAUGUUGAAAAGGAGAAACUUAAUCCUUUCUAUUUGUUAAGCAAUGACGCGCGUACAGACUUUGGCAGAAAUGAUGGUUCACUUCCACUGGACUCGGUAGUAGUUGGAUUAGCUCCGACUGAAUUCUACUAUGAGAACUUAAACAAAGCUUUCAAUUUGCUUAUUGCUAACAAGAAUAGCCGACUUGUUGCCAUACAUCAAGGCAAAUACUAUAGAAGAAGCGACGGUCUGGCACUGGGUCCCGGAGCUUUUAUUAAAGGAUUAGAGUACGCAGCUUCCGUCCGUUCUGUACUAAUAGGAAAACCGAAUGAAUAUUUUUUUCGAAGUGCCUUACCAGGAGGCAUAUGCCCAGAAGAAUGUGUCAUGAUAGGAGAUGUAAAUACUGAUCCUGAAGAUGAUAUAGCAGGUGCGAUGCAGUUGGGGUUAAAAGGAAUACAAGUGAAAACUGGAAAAUAUUUACCAAAUGUAGUGGUUGAUCCUCCGCCGACUGCUCUGGUUGAAAAUUUCUCAGAGGCUGUUGAUUGGAUAAUAACUGAGAAUUCUGAGACACAAUAAAAAAGGCUAUGUACUAAACAUUAAGCAAAAUAAUUACUAAACAUCA